GAAAUGGUGUGGUUAUUCAUUUGCCCGGUUUAUUUGAAGAGAUAGCAAAAAUCGAAGCUAAGGGCAUUAAGGAUUGGAAAGGUCGCUUAAUGAUUUCAGAUCGCGCCCAUUUAGUUUUCGAUUUUCACCAGCAAGUCGAUGGGUUACAAGAGCAGGAAAAUAGCGAGAGUGGUCAAAGUUUGGGAACCACGAAACGCGGAAUUGGGCCUACUUAUUCAUCAAAAGCAACGAGAAACGGUCUAAGAAUAGGCGACCUAUUAGGCGACUUUGAACAAUUUUCUAAGAGAUAUAAAUCUUUGGUAAGUAUGUACCAAAGAAUGUUUCCAUCAUUAAACGUCGACGUUGAGUUUGAAUUAAAAAAGUAUAAAGAUUACGCGGAACAAGUGAGACCCCUUGCCGUAGAAACAGUCUUCCUACUUGACAAAUCUCUUAAAGAAGGUAAAAAAAUCCUGGUUGAAGGUGCCAACGCGGCUAUGCUGGACAUAGAUUUUGGCACAUAUCCGUACGUAACCUCAUCUAAUUGCAGUAUUGGGGGUGUUUUAACCGGUUUAGGUUUACGACCAAGUAGUAUUGGUGAUGUUAUUGGUGUUGUUAAAGCUUAUACAACACGUGUUGGUGAUGGUCCUUUUCCAACGGAACUCUUUGAUGAUGUUUAUGAGUUAUUACAAACUAAGGGUGGUGAGAUUGGUGUAACUACACGCAGAAAACGACGUUGCGGGUGGUUAGAUCUUGUCCUCUUGAACUACACAAACAUGGUCAAUGGGUACACGUCACUGUGCGUUACCAAGUUGGAUAUUUUAGAUACACUCAAAGAAAUUAAGGUUGCCGUUGCAUACACACUAAAUGGGAAGAAAAUCGAAUCGUUUCCGUCAAGUUUAUCGCAAUUGUCGAAAGUUGAGGAUGUAUACAUAAUUUAUUAAAUGGAGUACUCCUGGCGGAAGAACAAGCUGUCCCUAUCAUUGAAAUGCUUGCUUAUUUGAUGAUGAGCAGCUUAUUUGUGACAGAAACUCGUUUGAAGACAAGGAAGAUUGUAACCCCCUUCACCAUUUUAUUAUAUUCUUAAUUCCAAAUUUUGGGGGGACAACUGAUCUUAGGAGGUCGAUGACGAUCUCGUCAUUCUUAUCGUAAUUAUAUUCACAAUAUAUCGCAUUCUCUAAUAGUAAAAUUAAUUAUGGGCACUUAAAGACGUUUUUCCAUGAUAAAACGACAUGAGGGGAUAAUCUCGUGAGUAGAGGUGCAAAAUGUACAAUUAAACAUUAAAAGUGGCGUCAACAUCAUGAUUAAUAUUACAUCAACAUGAUCUAACAUUAUAAAAAUUCAAACAACAGUAUCUUGUUAUUCUAUAAUAUUAGAAGCUCUACCUUGACGCACUACUUGUCGCUGAGAAAUGUUGGAACUACUUUUCCCCUUUCUUCUUAAACUUUAAAGUGUUAGGCAACACAAGCAUAAUUUAAGAUUAUGCGAGGACUAUAAAACAACUGUAUAGUGCAGUAAAGUACCUAUAUAUUUAAGAUGCUUCUAUGUUCAAGUAUAUAUAUCCUAUGCAAUAUUAAAGAAAUGCGUGCGAGGGGUGGAGCUAAACUUGGCAGAAACGAGUGGUGAGUUGGGGAAUGCAGGGAGGCGAAGAGAAGAAAAUUGAGACAGGGGCGGAUCAAUAUAGAGAAGCAAGAAAGGGGUAUAAAGAAACAUGCAGGAGGAAGAAGUAGCUGAGGGAGAGGAAGGCGGACGAAAUUAAACUGGUGAGACGGGAGGGGGUGUCUGGAGAUGCAUAAAUAAGAUAAGAAAGGGGAGAGAGGAAGUUACCAGUGAGUUACCCAUUACGAAGUGGAAGGAGUACUUUAUGGGGUUACUGG